AAAUGCCGAUCUUUCUCGUACGACCUGCGACGAAACACCAGUCUAUCCAUCACACAAGACCCACUUUACCUCAAACAUCCAUCGCACAUCGCACUUCGGCAGUACCGGGGCCUGCACAUUGAGUGCGCCCAUCCCAGAGACAUUGCUUGCCUGACCAAUCCUUCUAUCUACUGCAUGCCCGUGCGAGAGUCCCGCCGCUCACUGUGUAGGCCACACCUCUCGGGCUCGUUCAUGUCGCUCGGCUCUAGAGCAAGAGACUCGAAGAGGAAAAUCUUGGGUUCUUCAACAAAUGCAUGAGAUCUACUUUUAGC